AUGGCAAAUCUCAGAUCUGCUGUUGCUAAGGUGUCAGAAGCCUGGAAGAUUAAAAUAGCUCAACUUUCACCCAUCAAGAAGGCGAUGAAUGACUUUACUUUUAAAACUGGGUACUACAACCAAAUUGGUCUCCUUUGGCACGAUAUUAUGCCACAAAACGCCAUCGCCAAAGAAGCCUUCAGACGUCUUCCGCGCGAAGAACGUGAAGCUCAAGAUUUCCGACUUGCUCGUGCUUUCCUUCUUUCAGCCAACAAGACUAUUCUUCCCAAGGAAGAAUGGACCAAAAUGGAGGACGAUGUUCCCUAUCUGGAUCCUUAUAUUAAAGUUGUAGAGAAAGAAGUUCAAGACAAAGCUGAGUGGGAUAAUUUUAUCGAACCAAGAAGCUAUCCUUAG